UUCAAAGGUCUGCGCGCUGCCAUCGAACCUACGUCUAUACCCUCGCCCCUGGACACCAUCGAAGAUGACAAGGAGCAAUGGGAGGACCAGACGUAUGGUACACUGCCUGGCGGCCAUGUCCCGCUGUCCACCUCGGACUACGUAGCUAUUGACCAAGGGAACUCAUCGCCCAGGUAUAUGCGCGUGUCCACCUGGAAUGUUCCGAGCACCUCCCGUCUUGCUUCGGACUGUGGUAUACCUCUCGCCGCUAUUAUACAGCCUUUCUCAGAUCAGGACCCUCAAGAGGAGCCCGUUCCGGUAGUCGAAACGGGCGAUGUCGGUCCCGCACGUUGUGCGCAAUGUCGAGCAUACAUCAAUCCGUGGUGCAAGUGGGUAGCAGGCGGGAUGAGGUGGAAGUGCAAUUUGUGCUCUCAUGAGACCGAAGUCGCCCCGGAGUACUUUUGCAACCUGGAUGCAAACUUGAACAGGCUAGAUCACAUGCAGCGUCUUGAACUCAACAAGGGGACCAUAGAUUUUGUCGUUCCGGACGAGUACUGGGCAGUAGACCCGCCACCGCGCAUAUCUCCCCUGUUCCAGUCUGUCAUUACCCCGCCGAAGUCCGGACGGCGGCAGCCCAAGCCCAUGCUUUAUGUUUUCGCCCUGGACGUCUCCAUGGAUGCCAUCAAGUCAGGUUUCACGCUUUCAGCAUGUAUGAACCUGCUUGGUGUUCUGUACAACUCCCAGUCGGAAGGCGACACCAAAUCGGGCUUGUGUAUACCGCCCGAAAGCAAGAUCUGUAUCAUUACGUAUGAUCGGACGAUCCAUUUUUACGAUCUCUCACCACGCGCAAAUGAUACCGCUAGUAUGCUUGUUAUUCCUGAUCUAGAGGAUAUAUAUGUUCCUAUACGGAACGGCUUAUUCGUCGACCCGCAAGCGUGCCGCCAGACAAUUACCAAUCUGCUCGCUGGUCUCGGCUCACCAGAUGGGCGACCUAUAACGACCGAAGCUGCACUGGGCUCAGCGUUGGCAGCCUGUUUAGCUGCUCUCGCAGGCAGUGGCGGGCAAGUGGUCGUAUUUGCCGCUGUGAUCCCCACGAUCGGCUUGGGAGCGCUCAAAUCUCCCGACGAUGACACCACUUUGUACGGCACAGACAAGGAGAAGACACUGUUUACCCCACGGCACGGGACCUGGGAAGACCUAGCCGUUCAAUGCGCGGAGGAGGGUAUUGGCGUCAGCAUGUUCUUGGGCCAGAGCAGGCCCAUUGAUGUGGCAUCUGUUGGUAUCGUGUCGUCGCUGACCGGCGGCGAGUUGUUCUUCCAUCCGCGCUUUGACCCUGCGCGCGACGGCCCGGUCCUGCGUUCGCAGUUACACAGACUGCUGAGCCGCACGACGGCCUAUUCGUGUGCCAUGCGCGUGCGUUGCUCGAACGGCCUGCGUGUGGCGCAGCACUACGGCAAUUUCUACGAGGGCCCGACGUCGGACCUCAUUCUCGGGACGUUCGAUGCGGACAAGGCGGUCUCGGUCUCUUUGGAGCACACAGGAACACUAAACGACUCGACGUUCGCAUUCCUACAGAGCGCCGUGCUACAUACGACGGCGGCGGGGCAGCGCCGCGUGCGUGUGUGCAACGUGGGUCUACAGGUGGCGUCGCUGGCUGGCAGCGUCUUCCGUUACGCUGACAUGGAGGCGGUUGUGAGCCAUAUGGUCCGCGAAGGAGUGUCUCAGAUGUCCAGAGAUAGAAUUGCGAAGAUCCAGGAGCGGCUGACGGAGAAGUGUAUGGCCGUGCUGCUCGGGUAUCGAAGACUAUGUGCCGCGAAUGCGCAGGCUUCACAGCUGAUCAUCCCCGAGGCAUUCCGAGCAUUGCCGCUGUACACAUUGGCCAUGUUUAAAACAAAGUCAUUGAAAGGGCGAAACGUCACGACAGACGUACGCAACUAUCAUUCACACAAGGUCCGGGGCAUGAGCGUGCGCGCGAUCAUGCAGCAUCUGUAUCCCGGGCUACUCGCACUCCACGACCUCGACGACACCAUCGCGCUGCCCGACGCGAACACGGGGCGCAUCCGCCUUCCGUCUCUUAUGCGCGACAGCUACAUCUUCAUGGAGUCAUACGGGAUUUAUCUUAUCGACAAUGAGGAAAUGAUGGUGCUCUGGAUCGGGUCGGACGCCUCGCCGCGGCUGCUGAAGGACCUGUUCGACGUCGACGAGUUCAUGCAGGUCGACACACAUCUCACACAGCUCCCACGUCUCCCUACGCGGCUGUCGAUGCAGGUGCACAACAUCCUCGCGCACCGGCGCGCACAGCGCGGGUGGACGCCGAAAUUUCUGAUAGCGCGGCGGAACAUGGACGCCGCGGAGAUCGAGUUCAGCGACAUGCUUGUCGAGGACCAGAACAAUGCCGCUAUGUCGUACCUCGACUACUUGUGCCACGUGCACAGGCUGAUCAACCAGGAGGUGCGUGUGCUGUUGUGUCUGGCGCUGACGAUGACUUUACUGUUUGCAAUGCACAGCUCUCCGGAGGGUCUGCGGCGAAUCAUAGUAGCUUCAGGGCACCGUGGUAGUAGUGAUGAUGCAUGGGAGAGUGCUGGUAAUGUGCGCAUCGCGUAUCUAGCCGCUGUAUGUAGCCUGAGUAGUUGCAAAACUCCGCGGCUGGUCCCAGGAGAUCCAGUGCUGCGAUCCUCGUUACUUCAGCCUCCCUCGUUAUAUCAUGUUUGCUGCGGUAGAGUCCAAAUACACAAUCAAUGCAAGCUCCGCGACCUGCGCCAUCGUUCCUUGUCCCUGAGCGUUAUCUGA